AUGAGUUUACAAGAAGGAAAACAAACGAAAUUACUUUUAAUUGGAGAAACAGGAAAUGGGAAAAGUUCACUUGGUAAUUCCAUUUUACAGAAGAAUAUUUUUGAAGUAGGUAAUACUACAAAGUCAGAAACAGAAAAAGCCAAAGUAGAAAAUGGUGAAGAAGAUAGAAGUGAUUUAAUUAUUGUUGACACACCUGGUCUUAAUGAUACUAAUAAUUUUGAUACUGAAAAUAUUCAAAAUAUUGUUGAUUGUGUUAGGGUAACAGGGUUGCAGGGAAUUAUAUUAACAAUGAAUUAUAAUGUAAAUAAACUGUCUAAAAGCAUUAAACAAAUUAUUGAAACUAUAAAUGAUGUUUUCAAAAUAAAAGACAUUUGGAAACAUGUUUGUAUUGUUUGGACGAUGUGUUAUAAUUAUAUUCCACCAAAGAAAAUUGACGAAGGUAAAAAAGAGAAAGAACAAUACAAAGAAGAUUUGAAAGAAUUUAUAAAACAAAUAAAUAAAACAAAUGAAGAAUUUGAUAUUCCAAUGUAUUUUGUAGAUUCACAACCAGAUGAAGAUUUUGAUAAUAGCAGAUCAGAAAAUGAAAUAAAAAGAUUAAUUGAAUGGGGAAGAGGAUUAGAAUUAAUUGAUGAAGAAGAAAUUAAGAAAUUAGUCAGUAAAUAUAAAGAAUUUAGAUAUGAAGAAAAAGAAGAAACUAAAACAAUAAAAGAAACAAAGUCUGAUAUAACAUAUGAAAAAAAGACAUACAGAAGAUGUAUUAAAAUAACAAAUGAUGGAAAAGAAAUAGAAAGUGAAUGGUAUUUAUUUAGCAGAGGAAUUAAAACAGAAAAGAAAAAAACUUUUAAGGAAAAAGUAUGGGGUGUUGUUAAAGUUUUAGGUUUUAUUUCCCUUGGUGUUGGUGUUGGUGUUGCUAUUGGUGUUAUUGGUGGUGCUGUCAUUGGUGGUGCUGUUGGUGCUGUUGGUGGUGUUGUCAUUGGUGGUGUUGUCAUUGGUGGUGUUGGUGGUGCUGUUGUUGGUGGUGUUGGUGGUGCUGUUGGUGGUGCUGUUGGUGGUGCUGUUGUUGGUGGUGUUGUUGGUGGUGUUGUUGGUGGUGUUGUUGGUGGUGUUGUUGGUGUUAGUGAUGAUAAAAAGAUAAAUAACACCAAAAAAAUUGAAAAUUAA